UUGUUCUUCACCUAGCUUGCAGCUCUACCUUGUGUAAGUACCACCCAACCGAACAACUACAUCGCCAUGUCGGCCAUAUAGAGACCAAACUGGCCCCGCGUCUGAUAAGAAUUCUGUCGGAGAAUCCAGAAUCAAUAUAUUUAUAGCGCCGCAGCAACAAGUACUAUAUCGCGGCGCAUUCAUUGAAAUGCGUUGAUAAAGAUGUGAUAACACCCAGGCGUUCAUCACAAUGCGCUCUCAUUCCCUCGCAGUGACAGCUCUGACUCUGAGCCUAGGGUCGGCAGCUCUAGCACUACAGGGCCAAUUUCCUCUUAAAACCACUGAUGAAACUUGCGUUCAACCCUUGUGUAUCACCAACUUGCAUAAUGACAAACCACAUUCAUAUGGUUUCGAUUCGAAGAUUGAGCAAUGGAGAUUUGACGAAGGUCCUGCCGAGAACGCGACAGGGAACUUGAUAUUUGACACCGUCUAUUCACUCCUGCAACUCUGGCCAAACACUCGGUAUCGUAAUGGACAUAACAUAGUACCUGGAGUGGUUCCAACCGGUACUUUGCUCUAUCACGGCACUAGCCGCAAUGCGAUACCCAGUGAGCCAGAAUGGACCGCUACGGACCCAGAGCAUUCCAUGAAUUUUGCUCCUGGACUGGAUGGGAAUGGCUGGCAUCUCACGCUGGCAGCGACGCGUUCUCUGAAAGUCUUGUACUUCGAUGGAAGUAGUGCUGCUAAGGUCACCGAGGGUACAAUGGAUACACAGGAUAUACUAGCCUGGGGAGAAGUGCUACCCGAGCGAUACUUCGAUGAAAAACCACGGAUUAAAGAUCUCUGCAGGUGGGGAGAGGAGCUUGGAAUCGACGGUUUCGCCAGGAUGGAAAUGGAUUUUGAAGUUAUGUUGUGUGAUUUUACGGCUGGUGUCGAGGUAGUAUCUUUCGUGCAUGUCCGACUUUCAUCGAAGGACGAAAACAAAGAUCUUCCUAGCCUUCCUUCCCCUCGCCCUCCAUUUCCUCCAGUGGGUUCUGAUAUGUGGAUUCGCACAUUUGAAGUCAUGCAUUCUGGCUCAUGGCACAAUAGCUACCCAGGAGAAUCUCGCAUCGUGCUCGACCUGACUGGUCUUGUCUCACUGUACGACAUCACACUGGCACCUUCCCUCGUCCAGGUUCGCGCAGGGCUUGAACGGUGGGACCACCGGGUACUCGGAAUAUCAUCAGACGACAUAUUGAAGGUGAAGAGAAAGCUCACCGAAGUCAUCAGUCGAUCAGACCCGGGAAGCGGUAUAGACUGGAAGGCCCUCACCCACGUCAUCGUUGAUCGAUAUGCGGAUCGGCUGGAGUUGAUGCAAUAUCUCCUCAAUUUCACCUCGUCAGAUGCGCAAGAAGUCCUCCAGCGAGCGAAGCUCACGCAAACACAGCUCCGUAUUAUGCUCACGCCGUACCUAUUGGAUUCCACUAUCGUCCCUAGCGCAGGCGCUUCAGGUGUAGAUGCCUUGCAGUGGGCAUCUCCAAUUUUCAGGCUAUGCGCCACAACACACACUUCUGCGAUGAUAGACCAAAUACCUUUCAUGACGCCUUCGGAACACUUGUUGCUGAAAGCCGUCGAAGAGACAACAAGAGAAGUCUGUCGGGUCACUACGAAAAUGUGGGCCGUGGGUGUCAUGAGCGGGCUCGACACACUUUUCCCCAUUAAACUGAAUGGAGAGCCUGAUGCGACCCAAAUAAUGAAUGAUUGGAGACAAGACAUCGAGAAGCUGGUGUCUUGGUUAGACUGGAGUAUAUGGAUUAAAUGCCGACCUGCUUGCGGCCCAGAGGAAAUAUGUUAUCUUCCCACUUGGCCUGUCAGUUUUCCUGGGCCAAUGCAUCCACGUCAACCUCCGCGGGACCCGCCAAACAUCACGGAUGCACCAGCGGAAGGAGAUUAUCUUGCUGAUCGGGUCGGGCAUCCACUUGAAGGUUCAGCGAUUGCAGAUGCAUUUCUCUUCACGGGAACGCCGGUGGAGGAAUGGAGGAGGCCUCAACCGAGGUGCAUCAGGCGCCUCUCGCCGUACGGAUUCUGAUUCAUGGGCGUUUACAUCGUUCUUGUAGUCUGGAGUGCAAAUAUCAGUAUAUGCUAUUAGCUGCCGGACAGCAUCGUUUGAUGGAAAUUUCAUUGCCCAUGUAACUUUUUAUGCUAACUAUCGCCAUUGCUAUUACCGUCUUCAGUCUAUCACUACCUGCAACAUCGUGCGAGACUCUUCAAUCAUCCUGGAUAGUGAUUUCAAUUCUUCGGUAGACUCUGGCUUCGUUGAUAUCACAGU